CAGAGUCAUGAAACUUAGUCCCUGUCAAGCUCCGUUAUAUGGCAAGUGUGUGCUGACAGUUGAUCUGUGUGAUGGGACGCUCUGUGAAGGAGAACAGGACGAGGUGUUGUUCUUCCUGUUGUUCACCGGCUCUGUUCAGACACAUAUAACCAGCACACUGAAGGUCAACCAUGCCACUCUUCAGGCUGUGUGUCCAGCUCAUAACUGCUGUGAAUCAGUGCUGGUCACCCUGUGCUCCACGGGGCCUGACGGUUUGGUUCGUUCUCUGGCCACCGAACCCUUGGUCUUCAUGCAGGACCUAGCUUUCGACAUGGCCCAGUUCUUGGUGAGCACGGUGGGGCAGACAGGUGUCCUGGAAGAGGCUCUACUACUGGACGAGCAUCAGAUCCCCCUGCAGGAGUGCGAAAAGCUGGACCUGAGUCUGUCCCUGGCCCUCAAACACCUCACGCUGCCUCCUGGAUGGAGCCUGAUGGGAAAUAACACACGACUGGAACCUCAAGAGACGCUCCUUCAUUUUGCUGCUCGUCGCGGUCUUUCCAAAGUGGCCAGUUUUCUCCUCAAGCAGCCCGGAGCCCAAGAGGCCCUUGACCUGCGUAACAAACAGGGGGCCACACCGGUGCUGAUCGCCCAGAACCGAGGACACACAGCACUGCUGGAGCUCUUCAACAUGUAA